AUAAUAAAUUAUUGAUUACUUACAGAUGUCAGUUAAAUACUACAAAAUUAGAAUUAAAAAUGUGGUCUCAUGAGGGUGAUCAUGGAAUUUUAACUCUAUACAUUACACCCUUACUACAACCUAAAUGUUGUCAAGUUUGUAAAUUUCCUAUCAAGCCACUUUUAUAUCAUCAAAGAACUAAAAAAAAUAUAGUAUAUCAGCCUCAGAGUUUUAUGACAUUGUGUGGUGGGUUUAGUCUUUCUGAAGCUCAUUUGUGGAUUUCAAACUGUUUGCCAGGGCUCCCCGAGAAACCAGCUUCUCAAGAGAGUUUGGAGUAUUCUUUUGAAUCAAUAAUAUUAGAUACAGUUUUAUUGUGUGAAUAUAGUCGGGGAUCWAUAAACAUAAAGACUGACAAUAUUACUGCAAUUUCAAUCCUCAAGGACAACUUCAGUAGAGAUGCUACUAGGAAAAAUAUUAAAUUGGACAUGACUUAUGAAAUAUCAGAAGGUAGUUUAACAUUGAUGAUUGAUGCGAUUGUUUCUAAAUUGAAAACUGACAUAAAAAAUGACAAAACAUUGAAGCUUAUUAAUGCUAUAAAACAACUAUCUGUCAAUCCUAAUACAAAUGGAGAAUCACUUACAAAAGAGUAUUUACUAAUGGUUUCAAAUGAAGACAAAUUGAAACAAGAAGUACUUCAGAGACCAUCACGCAUGCAGCGUUUACAAGCUAUUAUGUUGGCAUUGUUUGAUGAUUGGCACAAAUUGAGAGGGUUAAAUGUGAAACCUAACUCACGAGAAGAUUUACAAGAAGCUCUACAGACAAGCAAUACAUUGGACUCAUUAAUCAGCAUGUUUGAACUUUAAAUAUUUUUUAU